AUGACUGAUGCUUUGAAGGAACGACAGUGGGUGGAUGAUUUUCCUCUGCAUCGCAGUGCCUGUGAAGGUGUUACGGAGUUGCUGAGCAAACUUCUAGAUAGUGGCUUUUCAGUUAAUCAGUUGGACAGUGAUCAUUGGGCACCUAUUCAUUAUGCUUGUUGGUAUGGAAAGGUUGAAGCUACCCGCAUCCUAAUAGAAAAGGGAAAGUGUAAUCCCAACCUUCUAAAUGGACAGCUUAGUUCACCACUUCAUUUUGCAGCUGGUGGAGGACGUGCAGAAAUUGUGCAGCUUUUACUACAGCAUCCGGAGAUUGAUCGGCAUAUUGUGGAUCAACAAGGAAGGACAGCAUUGCAGGUCUGUGAAGAGAAUAAGCAAAAUGAUUGGGAAACAACAGUACAACUCCUAAAUGAUGCAUUGAAUAAACCAUAUGAGAAAGUUAGAAUUUAUCGUACCGACGGGUCUUAUCGUGCUGUUGAGCUGAGGCACGGUAACAAUACCACAGUGCAGCAAAUUAUGGAGGGCAUGCGGCUGUCACCAGAAACACAACAGUACUUUACAAUCUGGAUCUGCUCUGAGAACCUCAGUUUGCAGCUCAAACCGUACCAUAAAUCACUACAGCACCUGCGAGACUGGCCAGAAAUCGUUGCAGAAUUAACAAGCCUUGAUCCACAUUUGGAAAAACCACAACUCUUCCUACGCAGGGAUGUACGGCUUCCACUGGAAACUGAAAAGAAGGUGGAUGAUCCACUGGCUAUCCUUAUUCUAUUUGAUGAGGCACGUAGUAGCCUGCUGAAAGGAUUAUACCCAUGUCCUGACAGUCAGUUGAUAACAUUGGCCGGUCUUCUCCUUCAAAUCAUCUAUGGAAAUUACGAGAGUAAAAAACAUAAGCAGGGAUUCCUCAAUGAAGAAAAUCUUAAAUGUAUCUUACCGUGUACCAAACUGAAAAGCAAGGCUCCACACUGGAUCAAUAGGAUUUUACAUGAAUACAAGAGUCUUAGCAGUCGUGAAGGAAUCAGUAAGGAGAUGCACCACCUUCAGCGUCUUUUCCUGCAGAUUUGCUGGGAGUUUCCAACUUAUGGAGCAGCCUUUUUCACAGGACAAGUAUAUACUAAAUCAAGCUCAAGUAGUCAUAAAGUUGUCAAAGUAUACGUUGGUGUAAACACGAAAGGCCUGCAUUUGCUAAACAUGGAAACAAAGGCUUUGCUGAUUAGCCUUAAGUAUGGCUCCCUCAUGUGGCAAUUGGGUGAAGCAGAUGCCUACUUUCAAAUUCACAGUUUGGAAAAUAAAAUGAGCCUUGUUGUGCAUACAAAGCAGGCUGGUCUGAUUGUGAAAUUACUGAUGAAAUUAAGUGGCCAACUGAGUGUAAAUGAAAGAAAUUUGACAGAGAGACAUGGCUACGGGUAACCAUUAAAUAUCGUGAGAUCUUUAUCUUGACAAGACCAUUCCUAUUGAACUGAAGUGCUUUAGAUUACGAAGAAGCCAAAAAAACCCACUGUGAUUUAGCAUUCCAUGUAUAUUUGUAUGAUAUUGAAGAAUUGUAUACCUUAUUCGAUGUAUUUUAAAGCAAUUGUGUAUGUCGAUUAUGUCAAUGUCUGGUUAUUGUGCUAAAGAAAAAAGUUUUGGUUUGAUUCUAAGAACAACAAGAUUCUGACUUACUGUAUGCAUUAUAGCAAUAGUUGUGCUCUUCAGUAUGGUUUAUAAAGCAUUUUAGAAAUGUAUCACAAUAUUGAUAUUUUUUGUUAUGAAUUAAAACAGGGUCUUUUAGAA